AUGGGUCGACCACACUUACCAUGUCUUAAUGUGCUACUUUACAUUUACUUAUGCUUUACUUCUGUCUAUGGCGCUGAUUUUUCAGUUGACUAUAAUGGGACAGUUUCCCUUCACAAUCCUAAAAAUUAUACGUACAAUCUAGCACCAAAUAUUCUCUCCGUCGCUGUACGAGUUGAUAUAAGCGCUACUAAUGUUAGUAAAGCUUAUCCAUUGAUUGCCAUUUUCAAACAGCAGGCCAAUGUGCUGUCUUUCCCUCUCCCUCUAAUUAUAAAUGAAAAGUUUAUGUAUGAUUCAGUUAGUCGAACAUUGUGUCCAUCCUUUAUUGCUUUGGAUAGCAAAGGCAAUAACUCAGAACAGAUUUUUGUCGAGCUUUCAAGUGCCACACCUGAUGAAUCUCACGCACCUUCUUAUCAUCUUCGCCUAGAUAUUCUUCACAAUUUUGAGCUGGCUUUACACCAAAAAGUUGAUUUGGCUAUCACUCCCUCGGAACCACAAUACUACCUCUUCAAUUUUCCAGAUGACAUUGACUCUGUAAUCGUUCGGGUUCAUUCAAAUGACAAACUAUGCAUGACUGUUUCUGUACAGACUGCAAGAUGUCCUGUAGCCGAUAUUCUCGAUACUGUCAAGUAUUCCGGUGUUUAUCAGACAGUUACUACACUCGGUGCAAUGACUGUUAAUAAAUUGGAUCAUAAUAUCACCAAAUUCUUGGUUGUUCUCGUUCUAAAGCCCGAAGAUUUUGACUGUGGUGGUCCCGCCACAAGCUUCCGUUAUUAUCUACCCAUCUAUGGAGCUAUUGGUAUCUACGUCAUGUUCUACUUGGCCGCUGCCGUUAUUAUCUUGGUGUAUCGGUCAUAUGAUAAACACGUUCGGUACUAUUCUAAUAUUUUCUCUGUGUUGGGUCAACGUAAUUCAAUCAAUACGUCCCCACCACCACCGGGUACCUGUGACAGUCAACUUCUGACAGCUUCGACAACUGCAUACACUUAUCUUCCUACUUCAGUCGAAGACGUACCUACCACGAGGGAUCGUCGAGCAGUUGGUCCUAACAAUGGAAGUACCUCAACACUUACCUCCACAAAUGUAUCCACUUCAUAUCAACGUAUCCCACCACCUCCUCCGUUAUCUCAUAGUCUCUUCAGCUCUUCUUCUUCUUCUGAUGUCGAGUCUAGAAGUGGUUCGAUUCAACUACAGGAAGCGCCUAUUUCAUCAUCUGCAGCAGCUAAAAGGAAGUCGAAGAAGUUCAGGCGACUACCUCUUUUACCAGUGACUUCACAACUCCAGGGUGUGAUUAGAGCGAAACAGUUGCAUAGGCGGAGUAUGAGUUAUGGAAGCACUAGAGAGAUGGGAUUGCGAGCUGCUCUCUUGCCGAACACCAGUGGAGAGAUUGCGCAGCAACAGGCUGAAAAGCACUGUACGGCAUGUUCGGGAACUAGUCUUGGUGGUGCUGCUGCUGAGGGUGGUGUCAGCAAUCCAACAAGAGGUCCUGUAAAUAGUAUUCGGCCCCUGCCGACGGUGAGACAGGUGGAAGAAGGUUUGGAGGCUUCAGUGGAUAUACAUAUAGACGAAGAGGAGGAGGAGCAUGAGGAAAAAACUAAGAACCGACAUUUAUAUCUACAAAAUCGUAUUCUCUUCGUGUCGGACCUCUCUCGCAAACGAUAUUCAACGUUGGAUAGAAAGUAUCUUCUCUACUUCUGGUAUCUCAUUAUCAUCUCAAUUUUCUACGGUCUACCUGUUGCUCAAUUGGUCAUGACCUAUCAAAGGGCUCUACAUGAUACUGGCAAUGAGGAUAUAUGUUACUACAACUUUGAAUGCGCCCAUCCUCUUGGAGUAUUCACUGCUUUUAAUAAUAUCAUCUCCAACAUUGGCUACGUUAUGCUUGGCCUACUCUUUCUAGGCCUCACUGCUCGUCGAGAUCUCAUGCACCGGCGAAUGGAGAAAUUCGGUGCCUAUUACACACAAGAUCCCUAUACAUUGAGGCUAUUUUGCCGGUGGCUGUUUUCCCGAGUAAAGCAUCGCAGAAACACUAGAGCUCGUCACAACAGCGAUAAUGAGUUAGAAACACCAAUGACAUCAAACUCUGCUACCACCAAUGUAGCCUCUAAUUUAGCCAAUGGUCUCACCGUAGGAAGGUCAAAUGAGGCAGGCCAGCAAUCUCCUGCCUCCCCGAAUCUUUCUAUCGCCUCCUCUACAACUCCGAUGAUUACCAUCACCCGAUCUCGUGGACGUCUUGGUCUCCUAAACUGUCUCUGUCCAACUUCAAUAGCCUGUUGUACUUGUUGCUGUUGCCAGAAAAAUGAUCGUUUUGACAGACAUUCCUCCGCGGAUCCAAUUAAUGAUGUUCCAAUGUUGGGUGCCUAUUAUAAAGAUCAUCAAAGCAACGAUGAAGCUGAUGAGAGCCAUCUGAAAGAUAUGGUAUUAACUCCGUUAAUAGCGUUUGGAAUACCCCAACAUUAUGGCCUAUUCUACGCUAUGGGGCUGGCUUUGACAAUGGAGGGUCUACUUAGUGCCUGCUAUCACAUUUGUCCAAGUUUCUCGAACUUCCAAUUUGGUAAGCGUUAG